AUGCCAGCUGUCACUCGCGAGGACUCGUGCCUUGCCGCCGAGGCACUCGAGAAGGCCGGGCUGCAGGUGCCCCUCCCGACUGAUACCGAGUUUGUUGCGCGCCAAGGUAGCUACUGGUCCAACACGGCAAAGAUGACACAGGCCUUGAAGACGUCAAAUGGUGCCCUUCCGGCGCACACGAACAGCACAUGGAAUUGCCAUACUUUCUCACGUACCGCACCUAUCGUCGAGUUCUCUCAAGUACAGCUCGAAAAGUCAGCUUUGGAGAUUGCAGCUACAAACAAGACCGAGCUCUUAAAUCCUUUCUCCAACUUGAAACUCGAACAGGCCAGUUCGAGAACAGGAUGGGACUACCUGCCAGACAAGGAAGAGAAGGAGAAAACACGAGGGAAGCCCGACAACCGCGCGCAAGACGACAAUGCUCCACAAAGGGGCAUGGACACAGUAGCUUUUCUGUUCUACACCGAAGAUGCCAAGGACCUUGCGGGGCAAAUUGACUGGAUGGACGUGCCGAGACUUUUCGUGAAGAUGGGCUUUUCGGCUGAGAUGGUCUGGGGUUCUACGUGGAAAUUCCGCCCCGGCCCAGGAAGCCCUUUGUUCGGCAAGGGUCAUCUGAACCUCGACACUCCGCACGGCCGACCGGGCUCGAAGUUGUGGUUCCUAUACGCACGGCUCAAUGGACAUUUCAUCACGGCACGGUACGGUGUUGAUAGGGCUAACUUCCAGCUCGUGCAAUAG